CCCACAUCAAAUUCCACCCCCAAUUCCAGCUACAUUGGAUAUGACUAUAAAAGACUUAAAAUGGGAUAUGUUGGUUCUAAAAAAUGAUAUGAACCAAAUACGCACUGAGGUGGAAUGGAAAAGUGAAACCCGAAGUGGAGAUUAG